CCCGACGAUCGAUCGAUCGUCCGCGGCCGCUUUCCCCAGUUCAAUUCAGAAGCGAGGAACGUGUCCUCUCCGGCCGCCGCCCGAGAGCCGCCGCGAGCGAAACGCUGUCCAGCCCAGCCGCCCCCCUUCUCUCUGAGGCGCUCUGCGUAUCUCUGCCUCAGCCAUGAGCUCCCCGUCGGCCUCCCCUCUGCAGCACCCGCCGGAUCAAGAGGCCGACCCCCCGACCCAUCACCCGGAAUCGCCCGAGACCCAAACCCUAACCCUCGAGGCGGACCCUUCCAGGUCCGACGGGGACUCCCAGAUCCUCGUCCAGGACGACGACUCGACCCAGGACCAGCCCGACCCGGUCCCCGCCCCGUCCCCGCGAGCCCAAGACCCGAGCUUUAUGGCCCCCGCCCCGGCCCCGCCCCCGCCCCCGCCCCGGCCUCCUCCCGCCGCGGCGGCUUCAAGAGUAAGAAGGCCGCGCAGAAGCGGCGCGCCAUGGCGAAGAAGUCGCAGCAGAAGCUCGAAUUGCUCGUCAAGACCUUCAAGCCCGUCCCUUUCGCCCCCGGCAAGGCCCUCGACUUCGCGCGCCGCGAGGGCCUCCUGCAGCGGCUCGGGCUCUGGGAGUUCGUCCGCCUGGACUUCGACCGGCCCCUGCGCGGCGGCCUGAUCGCCCAGCUGGUCGCCAGUUUCAGCAAGAUCGAGCGGUGCAGCUACGUCAAUGGGGUCAAGAUUCGGGUCAGCCGGGCCGACCUGGCGCGGGCGCUGAAGCUGCCGGCCAAGAGGGUCGUGGCCAGUGCGGAGGGCACAGGUGAGGGUUCCGAAACCGAGGAGUCUAUUGGGUUUGUUUUGGAUUUAGUGUCGAAUUGGAUGCUUUUGCAUGAUGAUGAUACGUGGAUGAUGCCUGAUGAGAUUAUGAGUUGGGACAAGUUGAUUAGAGAAGGGAGCUUCGAGAAGGUGGAUUGGGCGGGCAUGAUGUGGUUUAUGGUGGAGAAGGAGUUGAUGCUGGCGCCCAAUUUGGAGAAUUGUUACUAUGCAUCGCACUUGCAGUGUUUGAUUAGGUCUCAGCGCGAGGAAUUGUUGUCGGCAGUGGAGGUCGAAGUGAAGGAUGUGGAGGAGGUUGAAGUGAAGGAUGUGGAUGAGGUUGAAGUGAAGGAUUUGGAAGAGGUUGGAGUGAAAGAUGCGGAGGAAGUUGGAGUGAAAGAUGUGGAGGAGGAUGCAGAUGGUGGUGAUGUGAAGAUGGCUGAAUUGGAAGAGCAGAGAUUGGAGUUGAGCCUUGGACAGGAGAAUGCCGAUAACAAAGCUGAUGAGGAGGAGAAGGAAGGUAACAAAGCCGAUGAGGAGGAGAAGGAAGGUACUAGCAUUGAAUUGGGACUUUUGCAAAACGAAAAGUUUGAUGUUGAGAAUGAGGACAAUGCUCAACUGAGCCUUGGGCUUGAAGAGAAAGUUGAAGCUGAAAUGGACGACAAAAAUGAAGCGGGUCUGGUGGAGGAGAAGGGCUUCGAAAUGGAAAAGGAAAAUAAAGAGGAAGGUGGAUUUGAUGAUGUCAUGGAUUCUCAGGAGUGUAAAGAGGAGGAAGAAGAACAAGGUGGGCAGUGGUCUUUGGAUGGGAGAAAUAUUUCAGGAGACCCAUUCUUGCAGAGGUGCAGUUUUAAUGAAGCUAACGAAAUGAGGUUUGAUGUGGAUCAGAAAGGAGGAGUGGAAGGAGGAGUAGUAGGCGAGGAACAAGAAGACGAAGAACUAGAGGAAGAGGAAGAGGAAGAAGAAACCAAUGAGGAGGAGCAGCAAGAGCCCGGAGGGUUCAAUAUAUCUCCAAAGUUUAGUGAUUUGGAGAGGUUGCCUUCAUCGAAUCUUCUGCAUGUUUUGGAGUCUGCUCAUAUUCCUUUUAACACUGGGAUGCAACUUCGAGAUGAUUCUUGUGGGGAGUUCUUAGCUUCAAGAGCUGACAGUCACUUGGGUCCAAGUUCUUCGUCCAUCUUUGGCAAUGUGAACAAGAGAGAGAUUGAUACUGACAAUGACAGGAUGCAUCACCAGCUGAAUGGGGGAAACAAGCGGAUGAGGACUGACGGUUCUUGGGACAGUAAAUCACUGGACUUCAAUAUGUGCUUGGAGCAAGUGCAACAUUGGGUGGAAAAGGCAAGGAUGGCGCAUGAGGCAAAAGAACAAGCGUUUGCUGAGUCCGGCAUGAAUCAACAAAUAUUCCUCAGUGAGCUGCAACGGCGGGAUGCUUUGAUCGAGCAUUUGCAGAAGACAAGUAAUGAAGAGAUAGUGAAAAAGAAGAUGGAAAUAUAUCGACUUGAAUGUGAACUCUAUAUGAUGGCGAACCUUCUAGAUGGCUACAAGAAGGCCUUGAAGGAAACUGACCGGAAAUUUGCUGAAUACAGGGCUCGUUGUCCUCAGCUUGAUGAGCCACUUUAUAAAGAUGUUCCUGGGUCUGGCGGUCUUGUUUUGAGCAUUAGGGAACUGGAAAAGCAGCGGUUUAAACAGGAAGAAGAGGAGAAAAUGAAGCUUUCGGCCAUGAAGGACAAGAUUGAGGAAUUCGAAAACUUUUUUACUGUCAGCUUCAAAGAACGUCUUGAAGGAAUUAAUCUGCUCAAUGGCAGGUUGCACAAUGUUGAGAAGGGAUUGGAACGUUUGAAGGAAUCAGCGGAAAAGCGUAAAGCCUCAGAAGCAACAAUUGCUAUUGCUUCAAGGGAAGAAAAUGUCCCAGAAAAAGCAACAACUGCAGCUGCUGCUCCUAUGGAAGAAAAUGUCCCGGAAGAAGCAACAACCGAAGCUGCUGCUCCUAUGGAAGAAAAUGUCCCGGAAGAAGCAACAACCGAAGCUGCUGCUCCUAUGGAAGAAAAUGUCCCGGAAGAAGCAACAACCGAAGCUGCUGCUCCUAUGGAGGAAAAUGUCCCGGAAGAAGCAACAACCGAAGCUGCUGCUCCUAUGGAGGAAAAUGUCCCGGAAGAGGCAACAACCGAAGCUGCUGCUCCUAUGGAGGAAAAUGUCCCAGAAGAAGCAACAACCGCAGCUGCUGCUCCUAUGGAAGAAAAUGUCCCGGAAGAAGCAACAACUGCAGCUGCUGCUCCUAUGGAAGAAAAUGUCCCGGAAGAAGCAAUAACCGCAGUUGCUGCUCCUACGGAAGAAAAUGUCCCGGAAAAUGUCCCGGAAAAUGUCCCGGAAGAAGCAAUAACCGCAGCUGCUGCUCCUACGGAAGAAAAUGUCCUGGAAGAAGCAACAACCGCAGCUGCUGCUCCUACGGAAGAAAAUGUCCCAGAAGAAGCAGCAACUGCAGCUGCUGCUCCUACAGAAGAAAAACUCUCGGAAGCAGCUACAACUGGUGAUCCAAUGGAGGAAUGAACUUAUCAGGAGUUCUUUGCUUUGCAACAUUUUGAUAAUAUAUAGGUAGCUUCCAUGGUGGCUUAUAUUUUCAGCCUCUUAACAAUGAACAGGUUCUUGAUUUGGGUCAACAUUACCCCCUUGUGUUAUUUUGGUUGGCCUAGUCUGUAAUUUAAGCGCUUUGUUGACUGGAAGAUAGGGGUUGGGAUUGCAGUUCUACUACAUCUAUGGUUACUUUGCUUAGUCUUCAUA